AUUUUCCCUCUCCUCCCGUUACCGAAUUCCAAUCGCCGGCCAACCACCCACCCACCAAGUUCAAAGUACCGGCGACCACGACCACGACCACGACACUUCUAGCUGGCUUGCAUUCUUAGUAGGAUCCGAACUCUUCUUCUCUUUUCCAUGUCGUUUCAGACUUCCACUCAUUCAACCGCUGUUCAAUCUGGAAGAAUUAGGGUUCUAAAGGAAGGAUCUAAGCUUUCUGAUGGAAAUGUAGGGCCAGUAGUGUAUUGGAUGUUAAGGGAUCAGCGUUCGAAGGACAAUUGGGCGUUGAUCCAUGCUGUUGAUCAGGCGAACAAAACUAAUGUCCCUGUUGCCGUCGCAUUCAAUCUGUUCGAUCAAUUUCUAGGCGCCAAAGCUCGUCAAUUAGGGUUCAUGCUAAAGGGUUUGCGUCAGCUUCAUGGUGAUUUGGAACAAAAUCUCCGCAUACCAUUCUUCUUGUUUCAGGGGGAAGCAAUAGAGACAAUUCCAAGUUUUAUCAAAGAAUGUAAUGCUUCAUUGCUUGUCACUGAUUUCUCACCACUGAGGGAAAUCAAAAGAUUUAAAGAGGAAAUAUGCAAGAGAGUUUCUGAUGAAGUUUCGAUUCAUGAAGUUGAUUCCCACAACAUUGUUCCAGUUUGGGAGGCAUCUCCCAAACUGGAGUACAGUGCUAAGACAAUUCGGGGUAAGAUCACAAAACUGCUUCCUCAAUAUUUAAUUGAUUUUCCUGAAUUGGCACCACCACUCGUGAAAUGGCCUGCAAUGAAUCCAUUGAUUGAAUGGGAGGAUAUCAUUACUCGAGUUAUAAGGGAAGGAGCAGAAGUUCCUGAAGUCGAUUGGUGCGAACCAGGAGAAUGUGCUGCUAUGGAAGUUUUGAUGGGGAGUGGUAAUGGGUUUUUGACGAAGAGAUUGAAGAGUUAUUCGGCUGACAGGAAUAAUCCUUUGAAACCAAAAGCACUGUCGGGUCUUUCUCCAUAUCUCCAUUUUGGACAGAUAGCUGCACAAAGAUGUGCUAUAGAGGCAAAGAAAGUCAGAAAUAUUUGCCCACAGGCUGUAGAUACUUUCUUGGAAGAAUUAAUAGUGCGGAGGGAGCUGGCUGAUAAUUUCUGCUUUUAUCAACCCCAUUAUGACUCAUUAGAAGGAGCUUGGGAAUGGGCACGCAAAACUCUAAAGGAUCAUGCAUCUGAUAAACGAGAACACACUUAUACAAGGGAGCAAUUAGAGAAGGCACAAACUGCUGAUCCUCUUUGGAAUGCUUCUCAAUUGGACAUGGUUCAUAAUGGAAAGAUGCACGGCUUUAUGAGAAUGUACUGGGCAAAGAAGAUUCUUGAAUGGACAAGUGGACCAGAGGAAGGUCUUGCUAUUGCCAUUUAUCUAAACGAUAAGUAUGAGAUUGAUGGAAGAGAUCCAAAUGGAUACGUGGGCUGUAUGUGGUCAAUUUGUGGCCUACAUGACCAGGGUUGGAAGGAAAGGCCAAUAUUUGGGAAAAUACGGUAUAUGAACUAUGCAGGCUGUAAAAGGAAGUUUGAUGUUGAUGGAUACAUAACUUAUGUCAAGAGGCUAGUUGGAGACAACAUCAAAAAACGUAAAGCUGGAAUUCUGAUGAUGAGUGGAAAGCACAAAGAAAUUCGUGUCUAAUUCAGACCGAUUUUUGGCUGUAUUUUUCAAGCAUCCCGUCAACCUGUUGUUCUUAGUGAAAAUCAAACUGAUUUUCAAAUGAGUAGUUGAACAUGUGACACGUAAUGAUUGAUCCAACUGCUGCAUUCAUUUGACACAAUUGUUAUUGGAUAACAAUAUUAGUAUAGUUUUUAAGAGGGGUGACUAUGAGACAAUGAAUCUAAACUAGGGAAGACAAUUAUAAUC